AGAUACAAGGGCCACCAAGAGGAAGUUGUUCUGUGAAGCCAGAAGAAAGACGAAAAGAUAAACAGAUGAUACUUCAAGAAAAGCUACGAAGAAACAAGUAGGAUGUAAAAUAUGUGGGCUGUUCCAAAGACAUGAUUCAGGCGCUUUGUCAAACUGGAAAGAACAUUGCUUCAACAAGUGUUCAGUGUCAGCAACAUUUUAAUAUGAUCAAGAUGGAGACAGUCUUUCUGCUUUUACAGUGUUGAAUGUAUGUGACUCUGGAGGGUUCUCAGGAAAGCUAAAUUGUGAAGAAGAAUGGGCUGUUGUUCAUUACUGUAACCCAUACUCUAUGGAAUAUACCAGGGCAUCUGUAACUGGAAAUGACAUGCCUGUGGCUAGCAAGAAGAGAAGCUGGGAGGAACAUGUGACCCACAGGAAUGGAUUACAGUACAGUUUUGAUGAUCUGGAUAUAAUCUGUUGUCAUGGAAUUUCAUCUGAUGAUUUAAAGUCAAUUAUGGAAAAGAAUGAUUUAUCAAAAUCAGGACGGAGAGAAAGAUGUGCCUCCUUACCAGAAUGUUGUCGUGAGUCACUUGUUGUAGGGUUUCCAUUCAAGCAACUAGGUGGAAACACAAAGGAGGUAGAUGAAAAUGCUAACCAUGAAGGUAAUGAGCACUUUCUGUCUUUAGAAGCCAGUACAGAGACUAUAGUCCAGGUUCCAGAUGACAAUUCAGAUCUCAGCUCAGAGGAAACUAAUCAUGUAGAAACUGAACAACAUGAGUUAGCAGGGACUGGUCCCUUGGGUGUCAUAGAACCAGAGAUAAAAUCAAACAUUGAAACCAAGGAUCUGGCAGAAGUUUCUGCAAAUUAUAGCAAACUUCACCCCAACUUUGUUUCUAAUGAAGGAAACAAAGAGACAGUGGAGUCAGGUGUGAAGGAAGACUUGGAGCCUUGUGUUGCACACUUUGACCAAGUGAAUGAGGAAUCAGUCCAAUUGAAGCCCAAUGGUUUGAAUGUAGAAAGGACUGAAGAAUAUUCAGAGUUGCUUCAGAAAGCCUCUAGUACACAGCACACUGAAACAUCUGAAGUUGUCAAAGAAAACCUCACCACAAAUGAUGUAAUUGAUCCUUCUGCUAUUAUGCUUACUGGUUGUGAUGGACAACACAUAUCAGAUAUGAGCCCUGUAAACUGUCUCUUCAGGAGUGAUACAGAAUCAAUUGCAUGUUUUGAUGGAGUUUCAACGGUUAAUGCCAAAGGGGAUGAACAGGAUUCUGAAACUGAUUCAAGCCACAUUACUAAUUCAACUGAAAGUCUAAAAACUAAUGAUUCCCAGGAUAGUCCAAAUCCUUGCGAGCCUGUGGAAUGUAGAGUACAACUGCGCAAAGGAAAGGAAAUGCGAGAAGAUCGAGAUCGGUCGCGACUGGACUCCAUGGUUCUACUGAUCAUGAAACUUGAGCAGCUUGAUCAGGAUAUUGAAAAUGCGCUUAGCACCACUUCUUCAACAACAAAUACACCAACACAGAAACGAAGACAUUUACCUGAGUUAGACUCACAAAUAGAAAAUGGAGCAACAACUCUAUCUGCCAAUCAAAACUCAAAAAGCUCUCCUCAGCUUAUUUACUCAACACUGACAUUUACAACUCCCGCGGCUGGCACCGGUGCCAAACCAAAAACUGGGACCAUGUCUGGGAUAUCAAAAAAGGAGAAGGCUGAAAUUGAGGCCAAGGAGGCGUGCGAUUGGCUACGGGCAGCAGGGUUCCCACAGUAUGCGCAGCUCUAUGAAGAUUCCCUGUUUCCCAUUGAAAUCGCAUCUGUAACCAGGGACCAUGAUUUUCUGGAUCGAGAUGCCAUUGAGGCUUUAUGCAGGCGGUUGAACACCCUUAACAAAUGUGCUGUGAUGAAGCUAGAAAUCAGUCCACAAAGGAAAAGGAGUGAAGACUCUGAUGAAGAUGAGCCUUGUGCCAUCAGUGGCAAAUGGACCUUUCAGAGGGACAGCAAGAGGUGGUCCAGGCUGGAGGAGCUGGAUGUGUUUGCUUUGACUGACAACCCUGGCUCCUUCCCCCUGGAGGAGCCACUACUGAAAGUAGGGGUGAGCAGUGAAAGUGUCCUUACUGACCUGAGCGAGCAGCCAGAGGUGGGCUCUAUCCACAGUGUCGGCAGCAGCACGGGGAGCCAGGGAGCUGGACUGCAGAGCGCAGGCAUGGGCGCCACUAGAACCAGCUCUGUGACCAGCAUCUGCUCAUCGGGAAACUCUGUGGACAAUGAAGAUUCGUUCUCUGAAGACAUUCCUUCCCCCAAGGAGAAUUCAGGCUUUCAGUACGACACCAAGCCAGGAGGCAAGAGCACUAGGUCGAAGGCCAAGAGCUUUCUUAAGAGGAUGGAGAGUCUACGACUGAAGAGCUCGCCCACCAAGAAGAAAAAGGUGACCUCUAAGUUGGUUAUUAGCGGACCUGUGUUGCAGGAAGGGAUUGAUGAGGAAAAGCUCAGGAGCUUCAAUUGCGUGGAGAUCCCCAGGCUCAACGGACACCACAGCAGCCUUCCGCGCAACAGGAGCGUUUCCUACUCCACACAGAUGAGCAGCAGCAGCAGCAGCCAAUCGGAGACUGGCAGCAGCACAGUGAGCACUCCCAGUCCUGUGACCAGAGCCCGCAGCCACAGCACUGCUUAUAACAACAAUAAACGAGGUGGCAUGUACCUGGAGGGAUUUGACCCCUUCAAUCAGAAACAGCUGCAACACGAUGAGCAGUUGCUGCCUGCCAGCUGUGACGUGGCUGAACAGAACCUCCGCAACCAGGCGGCAGUUAAGGAAGAUGUAAUUUUCUUUAUCCCAGAGGGCCACAAGCCAGGCACCUUCCCCAAAGCACUUUGCAACAGCAGUCCUCAUAGUAGACUGAGACGGGAGAGCAGUGAUGACAGCUCCAAAGGCUCUAUCUGUGGAGGCCAGAAUCACCGGAACUCUGCCACCUCCCUGGAUAACCGGCUCAGCAUAUACGACAACGUGCCCUGCUCGCUGCUCCUGGAUGGGGAAGAGGAGGAGGCCCCCUACCCCAAGCUGGAUGACAUUCUGCAUCAUGUAAGGGGCCUUCAGAGGUUUGUGAAUGAGUGGUCGGAGCAGGCCUGCGAGGAGGGGGAUUCGGACUCUGCCCUUGACUCCGUCUCACCCUGCCCAUCGUCUCCACUACAAAACCACCUGGAGGAGGUGGAGAUUGGCAGCGACUUGGACAGCACAGGCAACUCCCUCAACGAACAAGAGGUUCUGUCCAGCCGCCAGCGCAGGGAUUCUGGUGUAGGCGCUUCUCUUACAAGAUCAAGCAGACCUCAGAAGUUGAGAUGGCACAGUUUCCAGAGCUCGCACAGGCCAAGUCUGUCCUCAUUGCUGCUACAAAUUAACUGCCAGUCUGUAAUGCAGAUGAAUCUCCUUCAGAAAUACUCCCUUUUGAAGCUCACAGCCCUGUUGGAGAAAUAUACGCCCACAAAUAAACAUGGUUUCAGCUGGGCUGUACCAAAGUUUAUGAAGCGAAUAAAGGCCCCCGAUUACAAGGACAGGAAUGUUUUUGGAGUCCCUCUUCAAGUAAAUGUGCAGCGGACAGGCCAACCACUCCCCCAGUGCAUCCAGCAAGCAAUGCGCUAUCUCCGCAGCCAGUGCUUGGACCAGGUUGGGCUCUUCAGAAAAUCUGGAGUCAAGUCUAGGAUUCAGGCAUUGAGACAGAUGAAUGAAAGCUGUACUGACAGUAUUAGCUAUGAGGGACAGUCUGCAUUUGAUGUAGCUGAUAUGGUAAAACAGUAUUUCCGGGAUUUGCCAGAGCCACUGUUGACCAGCAAGCUUUCAGAAACGUUCCUUCAAAUAUAUCAGUAUGUGCCCAAGGAUCAGCGCCUCCAAGCCAUCAAGGCAGCCUUCGUGCUCCUGCCGGAUGAGAACAGAGAGGUGUUGCAGACUCUGCUGUAUUUUCUAAGUGACGUGACUGCCGCUGUGAAAGAGAAUCAAAUGACAAACAACAACCUAGCGGUGUGCCUGGCACCCUCCCUGUUCCACCUCAAUACCCUCAAGAGAGAGACCUCUUCUCCAAGGGUAAUGCAAAGAAAACACAGCCUUGGCAAACCAGACCAAAAGGACCUGAGUGAAAACCUUGCUGCCACCCAUGGCCUGGCCCACAUGAUUGCGGAGUGCAAAAAACUGUUUCAGAUUCCUGAGGAAAUGAGCAGCUGCAGAAACUCAUACAUGGAGCAAGGUCUGCAGCCCCCGAAGCUUGAAGAGUUGGUGGGUAAUAACAAAGAGCAGUCUACCGGAUACAAGGCCUACCUGCAGGAGUGUAUUGAUGGGCUUCUAAAGGAAGCUAAGGAAAAGUUUAAAGGCUGGGACAGCUGUUCAACUUCAGAGCAGGCAGAACUGUCCUAUAAAAAGGUAUGUGACGGCUCUCCUCUCCGCCUGUGGAAAGCCACUGUUGAAGUGCCAGCUGCUCCAGAAGAUGUGUUGAAUCGAGUGCUUAGAGAACAGUAUCGGUGGAAUGACGACCUUUUGGAUUCAAAAGUAAUUGAGAGUUUGGAUAACCAGACUGAAAUCUAUCAGUACAUCCUCACCAGCAUGGCUCCGCAUCCCGCCCGGGAUCAUGUGAUGCUAAGGACCUGGACAACAGAUUUGCCAAAGAGAGCAUGUGCACUAGUUGCUACCUCUGUGGACCAUGAUGCUGCUCCACUGAUGGGGGUCCGAGUCAAUGUGCUAACAUGCAGAUACCUAAUAGAGCCCUGCGGCUCAGCAAAAUCCAAACUGUCCUACAUAUCCCGGAUAGACUACAGGGGCCGUGUUCCAGAGUGGUACAAUAAGAUGUUUGGACAGUUGUGUGCAGCAGAAGUAGUUAGAAUACGAGACUCUUUUAACAAUCGUUCACUUGAAAAAUAAUUCUACAACCACAAGACCUGUUUAUUAUAGUGAUUUGCAUUUACACAACAUUUCUGCCUUCGCCAAUGCCAUCUUGAAUAGAUCCAAUGUUGUCUGAACUUGGCUUAAAAUAGCCCUGUGCUGAUGAGAAACUUUGACUUGCCCUACAAUUGUAUACACUAAAUUGACAGGAAGAAACUGAACUGUGGCAAUAUUUUUUUUUAAUUAAUGCUGCUUUGUUUAAGGAACAGUUUUAAGGAACUGGAAUAGAAAUGAACCUUGGCUGUUUAGGGUGCUCUGAAAUCAUAGUUUGACAAAGGGCUACUAUUGCUUCUGGGAAGCAAAAAUAUGUUGACAAAUCAAUUUUAUUGUACUUACCAUUUUUAUUUUGAAUACACUCAUGUGAAAGUAAGUGUUUUUAAUGUAAUCAGUGUUGUAGCAACUGUCAUGGAGCGUGGUGUAUAAUGUCCUUUGUGUACUUGGAAAUUCAUAGAACUUUCUUGGGAGGGGAAUAGAUGAAUGGAUCAAAUUGCAUGUAUUGUUUUUCAGAGUGAUGUAUCGGUAUGUGGUAAAGUAUGGUGGCUGGUACACCAGUAGGUGAAAUUGAUGUCUCCAGAGAUGCAGUACAUUUGGACCUGUGAUUUGUUGACUGCCAGAUGGACCAAAUAACACCCAUCAACCUUUUCUUUUGAGUGUGUGCAUGGAUUUUCAAAUUUCAGAUUUUAGUAGGUUUAGGUUGACAAUAAACUGUCUAUCUGUAUUGACCUGUCUGCGGCCAAGUGAAAAUAGUAGGUUAUAGAUUACUGGUGUCAACUUUUGUCUGUUUUGAACAAAUAUUUUGUAAGAUCUUAGCUAGCAGCAGGUGUAUUUCAGGGACAGUGUGUAUAAUAUAUAAUAUCCAAACCCAUAAUUAAACAAAUGAGUAAUCCUGAGUUCUUUUAAGAUUGCAGUAUUUUUUACUGUAUUUUUCACUCUCAAAACACUUUGGAAGUCUUGUAGAAUGGGUACUAAAGAUUUUAAUAAAUUGGUCCUUUUAUAAAGGUGGUCUUUUGUACAGGUUUUACUGUAGAGAUAAAAAGGUAGAUUGCAGUAAUGUUCGAAUAUAACCUGUUCACAUAUGCGAAUGUGGAGAUGGUAGUGGAUGAAUGCAAUUUAAGGAAAAUGUAGAAUAUCUACUGUACCAUGAUCAGUGUUACAUAACCUCUUAAUGAAGUUUUUUUUUAUUAUUUUUAAACGUAUGCAUAUCUCAUACUUGGAAACUGAUAUUUUGGUAAAUUUGCAGAUUUUUUACUGUUGUAUAUACCAUUGUAUUGUAAUUGUCUACAUUUUAACUGUAUACUGCCAAAUAAGGAUCAAGCAUGACAAUUACAUUUAUUUAAGUAUUUAUACCUCCAGAUAUGCGUUUGGUUUUUGUACCUCUUAUCAGUUUAUUGUAAAUCUGAAAUUUACGAAAUAGAAAUGAAAUGUUUCUUGUUAUACUGUAUGUCUGUACAGACCAUAACUAUUAAAUGUAUAAAACAAAUGCAACAUACUCUAUUGUUAUUUCACUGUGCAACAAGUGCCAUU